AUGACACGCUCAGCAAUCGUCACAGGCUCGACCAGCGGUAUCGGCGAGGGCAUCGCGACCGCCCUCGCCGCGGCGGGGUACAACGUCAUGCUCAACGGCUUUGGCGACCCCACGGCCAUUGCGACCCUCCAGGCGACCCUCGCGUCCACGUACAAUGUCCAGACCGCCCACUCGGCCGCGGACAUGAGCCAGCCCGCCGAGAUCCGCCAAAUGGUCGCGGACGCUGUCGCAGCCUUUGGAUCCGUCGACGUCCUGGUCAACAAUGCCGGUAUCCAGUUCACGGCGCCGACGGACGAGUUUCCCGAGGACAAGUGGGACGCGAUCAUUGCGAUCAACAUGAGCUCGGUGUUCCACGCGUCCAAGGCUGCGAUCCCGCACAUGAAGGCCGGCGGGUGGGGGCGCAUCGUCAACAUUGCGUCGGUGCACGGGCUCGUCGCGUCCGCAAACAAGGUCGCGUACGUCACGGCCAAGCACGGCGUGGUGGGCAUGACAAAAGUCAUGGCGGUGGAAACGGCCAACGAGGGGAUCACGGUCAACGCUAUAUGUCCCGGCUGGGUGCUCACCCCUUUGGUCAAGCAGCAGAUCCAGGCGCGGGCGGACAAGAAUGGGACCACGUUCGAGGAGGAGACGGACGCAAUGCUGGGGGAGAAGCAGCCCAUGCGCAAGUUUACCACUCCCGAGAAGCUCGGCGCGCUGGCCGUGUUCUUGUGUUCCGACGCGGCGGAUACGACCACCGGCGCGAGUCUGUCAGUGGACGGGGCUUGGUCGGCUAUCUAG